GGCUGGUGAUGGCGGAAAGAGGAGGAGGUGGCGGUGGUGGCGGCGUUGGUGUUAGUGGCGGAGGAGCCGGGGGCGGAGAAGGGGACGCUGCGGCAGCGGCAGCGGCAGAGCGAUACAAUAAUGAGAUCAGCUGCAUGCAGCUUCCCUUCUCUGGUUUCCCUCCAAAUAAAGUAGAGAAAGAUGUCAAGAACAAAUCUGGAUUCCUUUCCUCCAUGUUUAUUCACAAGGAAUGGACCAAAUACUAAUCUCCAGUGCCAGAGAGCCCACUCCCAGAUGCAAGUUGGUUUAUCCUUUUCUCCUUCAUCAUGCCAACAUUGGUAUUGCACUGGCACUAAAUGGUGGGCAAAAUUGUUUUCCUGAGAGCAUCAGAAGAGCGUUUGUUGGUUACAAAGGAUGGCUCAACAACAAGCACUGAGAUUUCGUGGUCCAGCUCCUCCACCAAACACUGUCAUGAGAGGGCCACCGCCUCUUAUGCGUCCACCUCCACCUUUCGGCAUGAUGCGAGGCCCACCUCCACCACCUAGGCCCCCCUUUGGACGUCCUCCAUUUGAUCCAAAUAUGCCUCCAAUGCCACCUCCAGGAGGGAUUCCUCCACCUAUGGGACCUCCCCACCUACAGAGACCUCCUUUUAUGCCUCCUCCUAUGGGUAACAUGCCACCACCUCCUGGUAUGAUGUUUCCUCCAGGGAUGCCACCAGUCUCUGCCCCUGGAACUCCAACAAUGCCACCUACUGAAGAGAUAUGGGUAGAAAACAAAACUCCAGAUGGAAAGGUUUAUUACUAUAAUGCACGAACACGUGAAUCAGCAUGGACCAAACCUGAUGGCGUGAAAGUUAUUCAGCAGUCUGAACUGACACCAAUUCUGGCUGCACAGGCCCAGGCCCAGGCUCAAGCUGUAGGUGCUUCCACACCUACUACAAGUAGUCCUACAUCAGCAGUAUCUCCAUCUGCAUCAUCAAGUAGUCAGGCAUCUACAACCUCUACUACUACUACAGCUACGUCCGUUUCACAAACAGUUUCCACACCUACAACACAAGACCAGACCCCCAGCUCAGCUGUUUCAGUUGCCACACCUUCAGUCAGUGUUUCAACCUCUGCUCCUUCUGCUACGCCUGUGCAAACUGUACCACAGCCAGUCCCACAGACAUUGCCUCCUGCAGUUCCUCAUGCAGUUCCUCAGCCAACAGCAGCAAUUCCGGCUUUUCCACCAGUAAUGGUACCUCCAUUUCGUGUUCCCCUUCCCGGCAUGCCUAUUCCACUACCAGGUGUAGCAAUGAUGCAAAUAGUCAGCUGCCCGUAUGUAAAGACAGUCGCUACCACCAAGACCGGUGUCUUGCCAGGAAUGGCUCCUCCUAUUGUACCUAUGAUCCAUCCUCAAGUUGCAAUUGCUGCAUCACCCGCUACAUUGGCUGGAGCAACAGCAGUCUCUGAAUGGACAGAGUAUAAAACAGCAGAUGGGAAGACUUACUACUAUAACAAUAGGACACUGGAAUCAACAUGGGAGAAGCCACAAGAACUAAAAGAGAAAGAAAAAGUAGAAGAAAAAAUGAAAGAAAGCAUUAAAGAACCUACUGAGGACCCAUUGCCUAUGGAGACAGAAGAAGAAGAACCUAAAAUUGAACCUAUCAAGGAGCUCAUAAAGGAGGUAAAAGACGUAACACACAUACAGGAGCCAAAAGAAGAAGAAAUGACUGAAGAAGAAAAGGCAGCUCAGAAAGCAAAACCUGUGGCUACUACUCCUAUUCCUGGUACUCCAUGGUGUGUGGUUUGGACUGGUGAUGAACGAGUUUUCUUUUACAAUCCUACCACGCGUCUGUCUAUGUGGGACCGACCAGAUGACUUAAUAGGAAGAGCUGAUGUAGAUAAAAUUAUUCAAGAACCUCCUCACAAAAAAGGAAUGGAUGAUGGGAAAAAACAAAUAAAAGAAGAGCAUGAAAUGUUAGAAGAAACUAACGAUGAUGAGCCUAUUAAAGCAAAGAAGCGGAAGAAAGAAGAUAGCAAAGACAUUGAUUCAGAAAAGGAGGCUGCAAUGGAAGCUGAAAUCAAAGCAGCUCGAGAGAGAGCUAUUGUCCCUUUGGAAGCGCGAAUGAAACAGUUCAAGGAUAUGCUACUAGAGAGAGGGGUUUCUGCUUUUUCUACUUGGGAGAAGGAGCUACACAAGAUAGUUUUUGAUCCCCGAUAUCUGCUUCUUAAUCCUAAAGAAAGGAAACAGGUAUUUGAUCAGUAUGUCAAAACCAGGGCAGAAGAAGAACGCAAAGAAAAGAAAAACAAAAUAAUGCAGUCCAAGGAAGAUUUCAAGAAAAUGAUGGAAGAAGCAAAGAUUAACCCAAGAACUACUUUUAGUGAAUUUGCAGCCAAGCAUGCUAAAGACUCGCGUUUCAAAGCAAUUGAAAAAAUGAAAGAUCGAGAGGCCUUGUUUAAUGAGUUUAUCACAGCAGCAAGGAAGAAAGAAAAGGAAGACUCGAAGACCAGAGGAGAGAAGAUCAAAAUGGACUUCUUUGAACUGUUAUCUAAUCACCACUUGGAUAGUCAGUCUCGCUGGAGCAAAGUGAAGGACAAAGUAGAGACUGAUCCUCGCUACAAGGCUGUGGAUAGCUCUUCACAAAGGGAGGAUCUGUUUAAGCAGUAUAUUGAAAAAAUAGCCAAAAAUGUGGACUCUGAAAAAGAAAAGGAAAUGGAAAGACAGGCUCGAAUCGAGGCAAGCUUGCGUGAACGAGAGAGAGAAGUUCAGAAGGCUCGUUCUGAGCAGACGAAAGAAAUUGAUAGAGAAAGAGAGCAGCACAAGCGAGAAGAGGCCAUCCAGAACUUCAAAGCUCUUCUGUCUGAUAUGGUGCGAUCUUCAGAUGUGUCGUGGUCUGAUACCAGAAGGACACUUCGAAAAGAUCAUAGAUGGGAAUCUGGCUCCCUUUUGGAAAGAGAAGAGAAGGAAAAACUAUUUAAUGAACAUAUAGAGGCUCUUACAAAGAAGAAGAAGGAGCAUUUUCGGCAACUUCUGGAUGAAACAUCAUCAAUUACUUUAACAUCAACAUGGAAAGAAGUUAAGAAAAUAAUUAAAGAAGAUCCCAGAUGCAUUAAAUUCUCUUCUAGUGACAGGAAAAAGCAAAGGGAAUUUGAAGAGUACAUCAGAGACAAAUACAUUACCGCCAAAGCAGAUUUCAGAACACUUUUGAAAGAGACCAAAUUUAUCACAUACAGAUCCAAAAAGUUGAUCCAAGAAUCUGACCAACACCUAAAGGAUAUAGAAAAGAUACUACAGAAUGACAAGCGUUAUCUGGUGCUUGAUUGUGUACCAGAGGAGAGACGCAAACUCAUCGUGUCCUAUGUAGAUGACUUAGAUCGCAGAGGUCCCCCUCCACCUCCCACAGCUUCAGAGCCUACAAGACGAACAACAAAAUAACUACAAAGUACUCUUGAACAAGAAUAACUGUUAAGUCAAGAAGAUUGCAUGAGCCAUCUGUCAGGUUUAAUCAUAUACAUUACCGUGAACUAUUGCAAAACCAUCCAAGGAGCAGAGAGAAAAGCAGCAUUUGUGAACACAAAGCAGUCUUUGUACAGAGAGAACAUUUGCAUUGUUGAUGCUUUUUCUCUGUUGCAUGACUGACAAAUAUUCUAACCAUGCAGCUAUUUCCAGUGAUUUUUAGAUUCUAGACCAAUGCAAUAUCUGUGAACUAGGUGUGGAUGUUGGUAGCAUUUGGAGGUGUUCUUCUCGGCAGUGUUAUGUGUGAAAGCCUUGGGAUGAUUGAUAUUUGUGGUUUGAAGUUAAGAUCUUAAAAUUUACACACAAAACCUCCAGUAACCACAGAUAUCCUAAUGGGAGAGCCAAGGUCAGGCACUCUGAUGAUUAAACUAAACUGAAGACAGCCAUGAGAUUAGGCCGCUUUGUGAACCUGAAAAUGUAGAGGUCCUAAUUAUCUAUUCAUGUGUGGCCUUUCCUGUAUAAAUCAGGACUAACUCCAUUAAUGUUAGAUCCAGCAAGAGAGGAGAAUGAACCUUGCAGUGACCAAACUGAAUAAACACCAUUUGAUUUUGUUCACAGGCCUGCUUUGAUUCCCCCCUCUCCCCCUCCUUCCCAAUAGGCAGAAUCAAGUUGCUUUGCCCAGUAGUCUGGUAAUGUUUUUUGCUGUAAAUUGGACGUGCACCGGAAAGUUAAAAAAAAUCCCCUCUCCCCCUUCAGAUAGCACGAUUGUAAAAAUACACUUUUAUUUACCAUACAGUGAUCUCUACCCCCUUUGGAUUUAGAGUAUGGAUUUCCCUUCUGGAUAUUUCUUGUAAACUAUAUUCCUGUUUUGAAUGUUAAACUUGUGUUUCUAAAGUUUAAUUUUGAAAUGUUGGGAUUGUUCAGUUUACGUAUUUGAGCUACAAUAAACCAACCCUUUUUUAUAUGGA